AUGCCAUUGGAAGAAGAGAAGACUAGGGGCAAAAAUGCCCCCAAGAAUUUCUUGCCUCAGGGCAAGUACUUGCAGCCUGACGAAAUGGAAUACGAGUUCGGUGGGCCAGUGGGUGCCCUAGGCAUGAUGCUAGGUUUUCCGGCGCUGAUGUACUACAUGUGGAUUAGCUCGCAAUUCUAUAACGGGAAGCCAGCAUGGCCGGCAUCGGAUCAAUCGUGGGGUGAAUUUCUGACUGCGUUGUGGAAACUGUGUGUUGAACAUGCAACGCCAUCCAAAUACGCGUGGACGGUGUUCAUGGCUUUUUGGGCCGCACAAGUUGUGUUUUACUACACUUUGCCAGGUGUUUGGACCAAAGGACAACCUCUAACGCAUUUGAAAAACAAACAGUUGCCGUAUUUCUGCAAUGCCAUGUGGACAUUUUAUACGUCGGUUACCAUCAUUCUGGUUUUACAUUUCACCGGUACUUUCAAACUCUACACCAUCCUGGACAUCUUUGGUGAGAUCAUGACCUGUGCCAUCAUCUCAGGUUUUGCCUUCUCUAUUGCACUCUACCUGUACACUCUGUUUAUCUCGGGCGACUACCACCGUAUGACCGGCAACCACAUCUACGACAUUUUCAUGGGUGCUCCGUUGAACCCCAGAUGGGGGAUUUUGGAUCUCAAAAUGUUUUUCGAAGUCAGACUGCCGUGGUUCACCCUUUUCUUCCUAACUCUCGGAGGUGCUUUGAAACAAUACGAGUUAUACGGCACUGUGACACCUCAGAUGGGGGUUCUUUUGCUAGCCCACUGGCUUUACGCAAAUGCCUGUGCCAAGGGCGAGGAACUCAUCGUGCCCACUUGGGAUAUGGCCUAUGAAAAAUUCGGCUUCAUGUUGAUUUUCUGGAAUAUUGCUGGUGUGCCUUACACCUACUGCCACUGCACGUUGUACCUCUACUAUCAUGACCGCAGCGAGUACAAUUGGCCGUGGUAUUACAACUUGUCGUUGUACUGUGUGCUUUUGACCGCUUACUAUUUCUUUGAUACCGCUAAUGCCCAGAAAAACUCGUUCCGCAAGCAAAUGGCAGGCGACACAAGAGUGCGCAAAACCUUCCCCUUUCUUCCCAAACAAGUGCUUGAAAACCCCAAGUACAUGGUAACCAACAGCGGUUCCUAUCUGCUGAUCGACGGCUGGUACAAAUGGGCCCGAAAGAUUCACUAUACCGCGGAUUGGACUCAGUCCUUAGUGUGGGCACUCGCGUGCGGUUUCGACUCCCCUUUCCCAUGGUUUUUCCCAGUUUUCUUUUUCAUUGUUUUAGUCCACCGUGCCUUACGUGACCAAGCUAAGUGCAAGAAGAAGUAUGGUGCCGAUUGGGACAAAUACCGUGAGGAAUGUCCAUAUCUUUUCAUCCCAUACCUUUUGUAA